GUCCUCAUUUCACAUAAAGCAGGUGUAGUUUGUCAUGGUUAUUUUCAGGCUCUAGGGAAGCAAGUUGCUUGAAUCAGACACGACAUCCAGCUGCGCAGACUUCAGGAAAGCCAUUCAGCAGACUUCAGCAGAGAUGGAUCAAAUGGCUUGGCUCUAAAAACCUUCCCCAGAGCAGAGGAGCACCCACUCCCAAGAUGCUGCCACCCUGCCUUCUGAGAAGAGCCAUCCUUACAGUUCCUUUAGUUUUUGUGGUUGUACUACUCUUCAUGGAGCCUGUUAGAGCUGAUCAAGAAGCAGGAACAGCCAUACCAGCUGAAAGCCGUCCCUGUGUUGAUUGCCAUGCAUUUGAGUUCAUGCAGAGGGCUCUGCAGGAUUUAAAGAAGACAGCAUAUAACCUAGACACACGGACAGAAACUCUGCUUCUUCAGGUGGAAAAGAGAAAUCUGUGUGACUGUGUAGCUGCCAAUCUACUGAACUGAAUCUUGGAGGCCACCAAGGAGAGUCACCUGUUCAGCAGUUUUUAAAAUGCAGCUGUAUAAAAUACAGCUUUAUGGAAUUCAUGUUGCAAGCAUGUAUGCCCCAAUGUACUGAUGAAACUGGGGGCCUGUGUCUUAUGUAUUUGUCUUCUAUGUAUUUUUUUAAAAGAGUACCCUCUUUUUUUCACACUUGCUGGAUUGCCAGUAAUGUCUCAAUUCAAUAAAUCUAUUACUUAAUAUUAGAGUGGGGGGGAAAUGUACCUGCUUUGAUUUUUAAAUCAGAGUUUACCAAGUGUAACCCACAAGAUAAAUUUGGCCAACAGUGCUGUAGAGACACUUGCAGCUGUUUUUUGUCUCCAAUAUGAACAUAUCUCUGUGGUAACUUACCCAGUUAUAUUGAGACAGGACACUGUGGUCUCUGUAGGCUUUGCUUGUGUAUUAAAGAUGAUAGAAGUCCUUUC